GGAAUUUUGCAAAGCGGCAAGACGUUUGAAGCAGAUUGUAAGGUGAACAGAAGAGUUAUUUGUCAGUCACCCACAUGAGGGGACAACUAUCAACUAAGUACUCAUAUGCUUUUAAAGGUGUAGUAUUCCGGUAUGUUGCUCUUGAGGACAGUUCAGCGGAUUUCCCAAGCUUUGGUUGUACCAUCUGGGGUAGGUGGUCGGGGAGGCGUUGGAGUGACGGCUGCCCGGUGGAUAUCAGUUGCUUCUGAUAAGCCAUCAAGCAUUACCAAGCCAACCAAAGCCUACCUCAUUCUAGAAGAUGGUAAACAGUUCCAAGGCUACUCCUUUGGGAAAGAGAUCUCAGCAGCUGGUGAAGUCGUCUUCAACACUGGACUCACUGGAUACCCAGAGGCUCUGACAGACCCAAGCUAUUGCGGCCAGAUCCUUACGUUGACUUACCCCAUAGUUGGCAACUAUGGAGUACCUAGUACCACACAGAGGGAUGAACAUGGACUCAUGCAGUUUGUUGAGUCUGACAAGAUCCAUGUGACUGGUCUGCUGGUCCAGGAUUAUUCGCAUAACCACAGCCACUGGAACUCUGUCAAGUCUCUCUCCCAGUGGCUCAUUGAAGAGGAUGUACCUGCUCUCUAUGGCAUAGACACUCGUAUGCUCACAAAGUACAUUAGAGAUAAGGGAACUGUUCUUGGGAAGAUAGAAUAUGAUGACAUGCCAAUUGACUUUGUUGACCCCAACUUACGCAACCUAAUAGCUGAAGUAUCUGGCAAUGAAGUUCAAGUGUAUGGCAAAGGAAACCCUAUCAAGAUCUUAGCCAUUGAUUGUGGGAUCAAGCACAACAUGGUCCGGAGCCUGGUAAAGCGUGGCACAGAAGUGACCGUUGUUCCCUGGAACUAUGACUUCACUCAGGUGGAGUUUGAUGGGCUGUUCAUAUCCAAUGGCCCUGGAGAUCCCUCGUUAGCCCCCCAGCUUAUCCAGCAUGUUAGAACAGUUAUGGAAAACCGACCUGAGCCUAUAUUUGGUAUUUGCAUGGGGAAUCAGAUAACAGCAUUGGCAGCAGGAGCUAAUUCAUACAAACUGCCACUGGGGAAUAGGGGUCACAAUCAACCAGUUAUUAACAUGUUGAAUGGGCAAGCAUUCAUCACCUCUCAGAAUCAUGGUUUUGCCAUAGACAACAGCAGUCUCCCCGAAGGCUGGAAACCAAUGUUCAUCAAUGCUAAUGACAGGACCAAUGAGGGAGUGUACCAUGAAAGUAAACCAUACUUCACUGCACAGUUCCAUCCUGAAGCAAGAGGGGGCCCCUUAGAUACAGAGUUUUUGUUUGACAUCUUCCUAAAAAUGGUGAGCAAGAAUGCACAAUGUGUGACUGAAAUCAUCAAGCCAGUUCCAAAAGCUGCAACAAAGAUAGAGGUGAAGAAAGUUCUUGUAUUGGGAAGUGGAGGUCUGUCUAUAGGCCAAGCUGGGGAGUUUGACUACAGUGGAGCCCAAGCCAUCAAGGCAUUUAAGGAAGAAAAUUUGGAAACUGUCCUAAUGAAUCCCAAUAUUGCAUCCGUGCAGACAAAUGCUGAGGGGGAGAAACAGGCUGAUGUUGUGUAUUUCCUCCCUGUCACUCCUGAGUUUGUGACAGAAGUUAUCAAAAAAGAACGCCCCGAUGGGAUUGUGUUGUCUAUGGGAGGACAAACUGCACUCAAUUGUGGUCUAGAGCUAUGGAAGGCUGGUGUGCUGGAUGAGUAUAAUGUCAAAGUGCUUGGUACACCUGUAUCUAUGAUAGAAGCCACUGAGGACAGACAGAUAUUUGCCGACAGGUUGAAUGAGAUCAAUGAGAAACUGGCCCAGAGUAUUGCUGUGUAUACCGUGGACGAUGCAGCGAAGGCAGCUAAGAAGAUCCAGUACCCUGUAAUGGUGAGAGCAGCCUUCGCUCUUGGAGGACUUGGCUCUGGCCUGUGUGAAGAUGAAGCUCAACUGCGAGAUAUAUCAACUAAAGCUCUUGCAUUGACCAGUCAGUUGCUAGUUGAGAAGUCUCUGUUAGGCUGGAAGGAAGUGGAGUAUGAGGUUGUUAGAGAUGCUGCUGAUAACUGCAUCACUGUGUGCAACAUGGAAAACUUUGACCCUAUGGGAGUACAUACAGGAGAUUCUAUUGUUGUUGCUCCAAGUCAGACUCUAUCUAACACUGAGUACCACAUGUUGAGAGAAACUGCCCUUAAGGUUGUGCGCCAUUUUGGAAUUGUUGGGGAGUGCAACAUCCAGUAUGCCCUCCAUCCACAUUCUUUGGAGUACUGCAUCAUAGAAAUCAAUGCAAGGUUAUCCAGGAGUUCAGCUCUGGCCUCUAAAGCCACAGGUUAUCCGCUUGCAUUCAUCGCAGCCAAGCUUUCCCUAGGUGUGCUACUCCCAGACAUAAAGAAUGCCACCACACAGUCUACAACAGCAUGUUUUGAACCUAGCCUGGACUAUAUUGUCACCAAGAUCCCUCGUUGGGAUCUUGAUAGAUUUCAGCAUACAUCUAAGGAGAUCACUAGCAGCAUGAAGAGUGUUGGAGAGGUGAUGGCUAUUGGUAGGACAUUUGAAGAGAGCCUCCAGAAGGCUUUACGCAUGACCCAUCCUACCAUGACAGGGUUCAGCUCCACUCUACCUGCUGGUAAACAAUACCCAAGUGACUUCAAACUGGAUGCUGCCAUGACAACCCCCAACAACACCAGAAUACACAGUAUAGCCAAGGCCUUAGAAGGGGGUUACACAGUGGAUGAGAUUCAUAACCUCACCAAUAUAGACCCCUGGUUCUUGCAUAAACUACAAAGAAUUGUGCUAUUGGAGAAAGACCUGGGUACCCACACUAAGGAUGAUGUGACCACAGAAGACUUGGGAAUCAUGAAGGCUGCAGGCUUUUCAGACAAGCAAAUAGGACGAAUAUUUGGAAUCUCAGAGAAAGAGGCGCGUGAUCUCAGAGUAGAAAGAGGAGUCAAGCCAUGGGUGAAACAGAUUGACACCAUGGCAGCAGAAUACCCUGCAGUGACUAACUAUCUCUACUGCUCAUACAAUGGCAUGGAACAUGAUGUAAAAUUUGAAGACAGUGGGACCAUGAUCUUGGGCUGUGGGCCAUACCAUAUAGGAAGCAGUGUAGAGUUUGACUGGUGUGGAGUAUCAGCUAUACGUACCCUUAGAGGAUUGGGGAAGAAGACCGUUGUAGUGAACCACAACCCAGAGACUGUGAGCACUGAUUUUGAUGAAUGUGACAGACUCUAUUUUGAAGAGCUAUCUCUUGAAAGAGUGCUUGAUAUAUACCAGAUAGAGGCAAGUAGUGGUGUAAUGGUAUCUGUUGGAGGCCAAAUACCCAAUAACCUGGCCCUUCCGCUCUAUCACAAUGGUGUGAAGGUGCUUGGAACCAGCCCACUUAUGAUUGACAAUGCUGAGGAAAGAUCUGUGUUCUCUGCUAUACUAGAUGAGAUUGGUUGUGAUCAGGCACCAUGGAAGGCACUUUCGUCACUGGAUGAAGCUUUGGACUUUGCGGCCCAUGUAGGCUACCCCUGUUUAUUGAGACCCUCAUAUAUCUUGAGUGGGUCUGCGAUGAAUGUUGCUUAUGGGCCUGAGGAGCUGAAGAAGUUUCUAGUGGAGGCCAGCCAGGUGUCCCAGGAACACCCUGUAGUUAUCACCAAGUUUAUACAGGGUGCCCGUGAGAUAGAAAUGGACGCAGUUGCACGGGAUGGAAAGGUUGUAGGCCAUGCUAUAUCAGAACAUGUUGAAAAUGCUGGUGUCCACAGUGGAGAUGCUACACUCAUGCUACCCACCCACAGUGUUACUGAUAUACAGAAAGAAAAGGUCAUAGAGAUUACAAAGAAGAUUGCUGAAAGGUUUGAGAUCAGUGGACCGUUUAACAUGCAGUUCCUGGCACGAGGCAAUGAUGUCAAGGUGAUUGAAUGCAAUCUCAGGGCAUCUCGUUCCCUCCCCUUUGUCUCCAAGACGAUAGGUACUGACUUGAUUGCUGUUGCUACCAAGGUGAUGAUGGGAGAGGAACUUGAUAUAGCCAGCCUCCCAACCUUAGACAACCCACAUAACCCAACAGAUUAUGUAGGAAUCAAGGCCCCCAUGUUCUCAUGGCCAAGGCUACGAGGUGCUGACCCACUGCUGAGGUGUGAAAUGUCAUCCACAGGAGAGGUGGCAUGCUUUGGUACUAAUGUGUACACAGCAUUCUUGAAGGCAAUGAUGUCUACAGGUUUUAAACUGCCCAAACCUAAUGGUAACAUUCUCAUAGGUAUCCAAGCUUCAUUCCAGCCUGUUUUCCUUCCCGCUGCCAAGAAAUUUCAAGAGUUAGGGUACAAUUUGUUUGCAACAUCUGCAACUGCAAAAUACCUUAAUGCCCACAAUAUACCAGCACAGACUGUAGGAUGGACUUUUGCAGAUAAUCCAGUGUCUGAUUCUCCGGCUCCAAUAGGAACUAAAUUGAUAGAGGGCGGCUCUAUUGACCUCGUUAUCAACCUUCCUAAUCACAAUACCAAGCUACUCCAGGACAACUACAUCAUACGCCGUACAUCCAUAGACCACGGAGUCCCACUUAUUACCAAUUUUGAGAUUGUGAAAAUGUUUUCUCAAGCUUUGGAACAUGUUGGUAGUAUCUCUGCUCGAAGUCUGCUGCAUUAUAGGCAAAAUCAGAAUGAGGCUGCGAAGUAAUGUCACUUGGCAUCUCCUAGAACUAUACUAAAUGAGAGAGGUUUAGUUUUGUUAAUGGACAUUUUGACACUUUUGAACAAAGUACAUGGUUAAAUAAUAAAUACCAUAUUCGCCGUAAAAAGCGCCCAGGGUCAUUCCUCGUUAUUUCUUUGAAGCCGGGUGGGCGCUUAUUAGGUUUGGGGGCUUAUUAGGGCGAUUACGGUACCUAGUACAUAUAGUAGUAUUCUGAAUAAAAACUCUAAAGUGAUCAUGCAAGUACUGACCAGUAGAUUAUUCUGCCAGUUCAAAUAUGUGAGUGACUUCUCAUCCCACAAGAAAAAAUCCAAGAAAUUGUGAUCUUUUUCAAAUUAUGAUACAUUCUCUGGAUAUUCAGUCUAAUCAUUGUUACUAAUGAAAUGCAUAAUAGUGGAAAAUGUAAUUUUACACCUGUGGUCCCUCUCCUAUCCUUGCCUUAGUCGGUCUCAUUUUACUCUUAUUGAUUUUUUUUAUUUUAUAUUAAUUGAAAAUCAAGAUAAGAAAAAGAUAACACUGACUUGGGCAAGGCUACCCUCUCCCCUGACUAUCUAGAUCCCUUGUUGGAGGAUUAGUGGGGAAGGAGAGAGGCAGAGAAUUUAUUUGCCAGAUUAAAUGGCACAUGUCAUAUAAAAUUAUUGUUUACUGUUCAACAGCAUUCCUUUUUGCUUUAUCUGUGAUUCUGACUUUUAAGUAUCAGAUUUAUUUUACAUGUGUGUAACACAGACAAAUUACAUGUGCCAUACAUACUUAGAUUUUUUAACAUUUUACAUGUUAUUUACAUGUCAAGCAUUGUAUUUUUAAAGAUAAUAAACUCUUGGAUUUUCAAA